AUCUUGAAAUAAAUUAAAGUAAUGUCACCUCUUUAUUCUUUCUCCUGAGACAAAAUUACCCCAAUGCCGGAGAAAUCUCUCAAACUGUUAACAGUAAUGUCUCUACUUCCUGUUCUUAUUGAUCCAGCCAUCUGUUUUCCCUCUUUCCAAUCUCUCCCGUCUCUCAUCAUCUUCUAGUACAAGCAAGUGGAGCAGUACAUGUCAUUCCACAAACUGCCGGCCGACUUCCGACAGAAAAUCCAUGACUACUACGAGCACAGGUACCAAGGCAAGAUGUUUGAUGAGGAGAGCAUCCUGGAGGAGCUUAAUGAGCCUCUGAGAGAGGAAAUUGUCAACUUCAACUGCCGUAAGCUCGUGGCCUCGAUGCCGCUGUUCGCCAACGCAGACCCAAACUUUGUAACAGCCAUGCUGACCAAGUUGAGGUUUGAAGUCUUCCAGCCUGGAGACUACAUCAUCAGAGAGGGCACCAUUGGCAAGAAGAUGUACUUCAUUCAGCACGGGGUGGUGAGCGUCCUGACCAAAGGAAGCAUCGGCAUGAAGCUGAUGGACGGCUCCUACUUUGGCGAGAUCUGCCUGCUGACCCGAGGCAGAAGGACCGCCAGUGUGCGAGCAGACACCUACUGCCGCCUGUACUCUCUCUCGGUGGACAAUUUCAAUGAAGUGCUCGAAGAGUAUCCCAUGAUGAGGAGGGCCUUUGAGACGGUGGCCAUCGACAGACUGGACAGGAUAGGCAAGAAGAACUCGAUUCUGAUGCACAAAGUUCAACAUGAUCUCAAUUCUGGUGUUUUCAACAACCAUGAGAAUGAGAUGAUUCAGGAAAUAGUCAAAUAUGAUCGGGAGAUGGUUCAGCAAGUGGACGUACCACGGCCACGGGCUAUGUCCAUGACCCCUCCUCUUCCUGGUGGGAUCUUUUCUCCUCUGGGUUCCUCCGCUCAACCUCGAGACUCGGCAAUCGCCACUCUGCAGCAAGCUGUGGCAAUGAACUUUUGCAACCCCAUGCAAGGAAAUCCGAUGGGACCGGCGACCUUGCAAUCUCCUAGGAUGGUGAGGCGAUUUCAGGUGGUGCAGAGUGUAUCCAGCCCAGUCUCUGCUUCUCCACUACAGUCGCAACUCCUUGCCUCCGGUGCCUUUGCUCCAGUCUUGGCCAGUCCCCCUGUUCAGAGUCCACUGGCUGCUGGAGGACGAUCAUUCCAGUAUGGAUCCAGUGCGCUGGCUGGUCCUAUCUCAGGCUCCCAGCUGUCUCUGGUUCAGCAGCACUUAGCCAGUCCUGCCCAUCGGCCCAGCAUGCAUAAGAGCACCCAUUCGUUGCAACUCGGCAGCCUGAGCCAAGAUGUCAGGGCUCUAUCUGCGUCUCAGCCCUCACUGCCCCAUGAGGGGGUGCAACCAGCUGUCCCCAGUCCACCUCAGUCAACACAAGUUUCUUCAACUUCUAUUGGACCCCCUCCAACCUCAUUAGGUCCCACAAGCGUUCGGAGUGCAGUACCUCAAAGGGUGGUACUCCCCCACCAAAUGUCAGUGGGGGCCUUCCCUGUAGCAUCUUUGCCUGGUUCUGUGCAUGGUUUUGCAGCAGGUGUGGCGGUAGGUAGCAUUGGAACAGGUCAGGGGGACGCUGGACCGCCUAAAAAAGACUCAAUAGUGAGCCUUCCAGAGACAGACCACAUCAAGGUGAGAUCUAGGCUAUCCUCAAACUUGUGAUCUUAAACAAACUGUUCCGGGAGAGAGACUGAAUAAGGAGCAUGUUUGCAGAUAAACACGUUCCUCUUCUUUUUUCCAAGUCUGACUAUCCGAAUGUAUGAAUGUUGAGCGAGCUGGGAGCAUCUGAAACAUUUGAAUCUAGUGACAUUUGAUUCUGCAUCACAGAGAUGUUUCUACUCACAGAUGUAGUUGCACAAAUAAGUAGAGGUAAAGUAGCAUCUUACACAACAUAGUCAACAAUAUAUUCUUUAGUGUCCUCUCAUUCACCUCGUAUAAUGCAAACCUGGAUUCGGAGGGUUUAAAAAAUGUUCUUCAGGGACCUGCUUCCGAUGACAGAAGUUGGAACUUCGUUGGUAAUUAUUUGCUGUCAUACUGUCAUUUUCUUUAUAAGGCACCAGAUCUCAUUUUAAACUGACUAACUUUAGUCUUGGAGAAAAUUUUUUGUUUUGUUAUCCCUUUGAAGAUAUCUUUUCGCCUUGUUGGUAAGCACAAAUUUGAAAAAGGAAUUCCAAUUUUUCGACUACCAUAUCACAAAAUUUAAAGCCAUACUUCCAGAGUAAUAUUAUCAUGAAUUGAUUGC